AUGAAAAUACUUAUAAUAACCCUAUUAUUAAUAACCUGCAUUUUAAGUCUAAAAGUCCUUAAGCAUAAAUGUUAGCACGAUAAAAUUAGAAAAAACUAGAAAUACGAAUCAAUCCCCCCUGAUUAGGAAUCUUUAGAUAUCCGUAAUUUACAAAAUUUAUAACCCCGUAAUAUGAUAAUUAGCUACGAUAUGAGUUUUUACAAAACAUUAGCUUCUAAUGAAAAAAUAUAAAAUGUUAACUUCUACUGUUGA